AUGCCAAAGGCUACCACCGCCAAGAAGUCAGCUCCUGUCGAGCCUGCCAAGAAGAAGAAGAUGUCUGCCUACAACACCUUCAUGAAGGAGGAGCUCCCCAAGUACAAAAGCAAGAACCCCGGUGUUGACCACAAGGAGGCCUUCAAGCAUGUCGCCGGUCUCUGGAAGAACUCACCCGCCAACCCCAAGCGCGGACAGUAA